GCGGAGAGGGCGGCGGCGGCGGCGGAUGCGCGUGUGGCGGAAGCGCCGGCGGCAUGAACUACCCGGGCCGCGGCGCCCCGCGGAGCCCCGAGCGUAACGGCCGCGGCGCCUGGGAGCUGGGCUCGGACGCGGCGGGCGCGUUCGGCCGCGGCGGCGGCGGCGGCGGCGGCUGCUGCUUCGAGCACCAGCCGGGCGACGGCGUGCAGCUGGCGCUGCUGCGCGCGGAUUCCCUGCUGGCCCCGGGCGCCGACGACCUGAGCCACCUGGCCCUGGACCCGUGCCUCAGCGACGACACCUACGACUUCAGCUCGGCCGAGUCGGGGUCGUCGCUGCGCUACUUCAGCGAGGGCGAGAGCGCGGGCGGCGGCGGCUCCUCCUCGCCCCCGCCGCCGCUGGUCGCCCCGAACUCGGGGGGCGGCGGGGCGGCGGGAGGGGGCCCCGGGGACAGGAAGCGCGCCCGGCCCGGCGGCGCGGCCGCCCGGCACCGCUACGAGGUGGUGACGGAGCUGGGGCCCGAGGAGGUGCGCUGGUUCUACAAGGAGGACAAGAAGACCUGGAAGCCCUUCAUCGGCUACGACUCGCUGCGCAUCGAGCUCGCCUUCCGGACCCUGCUGCAGACCACGGGCGCCCGGGCUCGCGCGGAGGGCCGCGACGGGGACGCGGCGUGCGGCCCGGCCCCCGGCUUCCCGGAGGAAGAUGACGAGGACCGCGCCUGCGGCUUCUGCCCGCGCGCGUCGGUGCCCGAGCCGGAGAUGGAGGAGCUGGUGACCAUCGAGCCGGUGUGCGUGCGCGGCGGCCUCUACGAGGUGGACGUCACUCAAGGAGAGUGCUACCCGGUGUACUGGAACCAAGCUGAUAAAAUACCAGUGAUGCGCGGACAGUGGUUCAUUGAUGGGACUUGGCAGCCUCUAGAGGAAGAGGAAAGUAAUUUAAUUGAGCAAGAACACCUCAGCUGUUUUAGGGGUCAGCAGGUGGAAGAAAAUUUUGAUAUUGAAGUGUCAAAAUCCAUAGAUGGAAAAGAUGGCAGUGGAAUCAACUACUCUGUUGUCUACCACAUACCUCCCUUCUCCCUCCCUUCUCUGUUCAAAUGGAGAGGAAAUAAGGAGAGUACAGAUGCCACAGGUCUUAAACGAAAGCGUUCCCAAGCUGUUCAUAGCUACAAACUGAGUCGGAACCACGUGGAUUGGCACAGCGUGGAUGAAGUCUAUCUCUACAGUGAUGCAACCACAUCCAAAAUUGCGAGAACAGUUACCCAAAAACUGGGGUUUUCUAAAGCAUAUGCUAUAAAGAUGAGUCUGACAGACCCUCUUAAAAUGAAAGCAUGGAAGGAGGCCUACAGAUUAGAACCAUUGAUUCUAAAACACUACAGCAACAUUUCUCCUGUCCAAAUCCACUGGUAUAACACGUCAAACCCUCUACCUUAUGAGCAUAUGAAGCCAAACUUUCUCAACCCAGCAAAAGAGCCUACCUCAGUUUCCGAGAGUGAAAGCAUUACAAGUCUCCCCAGCCCUGUGACCUCCCCCGUCUUAUCCCGGCGCCACUACGGAGAAUCCAUAACUAACAUUGGCAAAGCAAGCAUAUUGGGGGCCGCUAGCAUUGGAAAGGGGCUUGGAGGAAUACUGUUCUCAAGAUUUGGGCGUUCUUCAGCAUCGCAGCCAUCUGACACGUCUAAAGACACAAUGGACGAUGAGAAGAAGCCUGUUGCUUCGCCCUCUACUACCAACGUGGCCACACAGACCCUGCCGCACAGCAGCUCCGGCUUCCUCGACUCUGCAUAUUUCAGACUUCAAGAAUCGUUCUUUUAUCUCCCACAACUUCUUUUUCCGGAAAAUGUAAUGCAGAGUAAAGAUGAUAGCCUCGUGGAGCUGGAGCACAGGAUCGACUUUGAGCUGAGAGAGGGCCUUGUGGAGAGCCGCUACUGGUCAGCCGUCACGUCGCACACCGCCUACUGGUCAUCCUUGGACGUCGCUCUGUUUCUGUUAACGUUCAUGUACAAACAGGAGCAUAAUGAUGCAAAGCCCAGCCUAGAUCCAGUCUGAACUCUUGAAGGAUAUGAAUGGCCCAAAACUUUCUUUGCUGUUAAAAUGUGUCAAGAUAUGGAGAUUUCAAGAUUCCAGUUUUGUUUAGGGCAAGAAAUAUUUUAAUUUAAAAGCACUUUAUUUUAUUUUUAAAAGAGAAAAAAAAAAAAAAACACAUUUUCAGUUCUAAAGGAGUUAUUUACUGUCUGUCGUUUUGAUUAUGAGUCUAGCAGAGGCCUGCAGAGAAUAGCACGGUGGAAGCGUGCAGGGUUAGCUGCCCUGCCUGAGGGCAGCCGCCGCAGUCCCGUCCUCCAGAAUGAGUCCAACGCAGUGUGCUAAUCAAGAGAAGCCCAGUCCAUCUGCAGUAAAGACUGCAUGAUGCGUCUGUGGGAUCAUGGGUUUGGAUCCUGUGCAGGUUUCCAUGUCCACAGUUCCUUCGAAGGAAGAACAUAAGAAAUUUUAAAUGUUCUCAGUUUAACUCGUUUUGAAAAACUAAUGCUAAAAAGCAAUAUUUGAACUACUGUACUUAUAACUUAUCUCUAACUAGUUAUUUCAGUGUAUGAAACAUUUUUAAUGUUUCAUUUGAGCCACAUUUAUUUUGUAUCAUGUCGAGGCCCCUUUUUCUUAAAACUUCAUCUUUGCAGAUGAAUAGGUGAUCCUGAGGCAUACUUUCAGGGUUUUGGGGGUUUUUUGGUUUUGGUUUUGGUUUUUUGUUUUUCCAUUAAAGAUGUGGUUUUACACAGCCCUAGUUCAAUUAUUUUUUAAUUUUUUUUAAUGUCACAUGUACUUGAGAGAAAGCUUCAAGUUUUCAGCACAGGCCUCCACACUGCGUGUAUGCAUUAGCUGUAUUAGAAAAUUAGGAAACAGCUUUGGGCUAGAGAGUGACAGCUUGACAGGUAUGAACAUCUCUGUGCCAAACAGCUAAUCAGCUAAUACAUGAAGGGAUAGAAUGCCACUAACAGUUCAUAUUUAAAGCGCUAAAGAAAACAUGGUGGCUUGGGCACAUAGACAGACGCUGCGGCGCUGGGGAGGGUUCAGGGUCGUGCUUGUCCCACAGUGCUUUCACCUGAGGUGUGCAUUCAGCGAGCUGUAUAAGCUUUGCGCACGUGAAUGCCUGUCGCUGUCUCACGUGUUACCAUACCGAGGCACCAGUUUUUAAAGUGCCUUCCAUCAGAUACACAGCAAGUGGAGAGUUCGGCUUGUAGCCAGACCAUACUCUUUUCUGCGCUACUUAAUCAUGUCACUCACGAGUGACCUUAAGAAGCCUGCAAAUAGUAGGUCGGAGCAUGACUGUGAAGCCCAGUGUUACAGAUACAUUCUAGGUUCUUACGCAGAGGAGGAUUACGUCAAGGGAGCAGAAGUGUCCCUGCCACAGCCAACCCUCGCUUUUGAUGGCUCUCCCUAGGCUCCACUCAAGGUGCUGUCUUUCCUGUGUGUGAGGAAGUCAGUCUGUCAGCUAGGAGCAGAGCUGCUCAGCCCACAUCUCUCUUGCUCUCUUCUCUGUACGGUGGCAGAGCCCGUGGCUUUUUGUGGGUGUUGCUCCUUGCCCUCACCACUGUCCUCCUCAGCUGCCGUUCGAAUUUGCUCAACAUACAGCAGCACUUCUUUAUAGUGUUUUAAGAGUUCCAAGGCGUGUGAUCAGAUGUGUGGCUCACAAAAACCCUAGCUCGACAGGCUUUUAAUGAAUCUCAGCAGAGCUAAGCAUCAUCAUUAAGUUGGCAGUUCCUGUGAGCUCAGGUCAUCUUCAUAGCCUAUUUAUUUAGCAGGUCUCUGUAAUUCUCAGGAAAACUAAACCCAUGUCUGUCGUAUGGCUGUCAUUAAAGGUAGCAGAGCAUAUGCUGGACAUGAACUGGAAGGCAAAGUCUGCUUCCGUGAGCAAAGAAUGUCCACUUGCUUUUCCUCACUGCAAAGCAGUCGAGUUCCCCUCCCUGAGCCUGUGUCAGGUCUGGGGAAGAGCAGCACUCAAACCACCCUUUCAGUGAACAGUUGAUGUCCCGCACGUCUGGACAGCUGCUUCCAGUCCACGAUCUCAUCAGUACCGAUGGCAGUUUUGGUUUUAUCGCUCUCGUCUCCCCGUUUCUGCAUGUAAUCAUGGGAUGUACUUGUACACACUAAAUAUACAAAGUGUAUAAUUCUGACACUUUAGAAGCGAAGUCAGUUACCACGUUGACAGUUCACAAUUUUACUCCAAGUACUAAAUUGGCCCCCAAAAGUCCUGAUUUUGAUACUAUUAAAAGUCUAUUCUCUA